AUGGAGAAGAAGCUGACACUGGUGCAGACAGUAUUCACGGCGGGAGUCUUCUCCGCCGUGUCGUUCUGGUAGAGCUCGAGAACCGUCUCGAGGAUUGGUGCCGAUCUUAGGGUUUCGGUUUCCAUCUAGUAUUCGUUCGUUUACUCGUCUGGAAUUGAGCCUGUAGGUACGGAUUCAUGUUCGGGAGGGAGUCUGCCCGUAAGGAACUUGGGGGCCUGAUCGAAGACCUCCGACGAGGUGACGAUCCCAGCGUCGUGGAAGGUGCUCCCCAUUCUGAGCAUUGA